AUGCAAACCAGAAAUCAGGUUGAAAAGAAUUAUAUGAUGCUAAGUUAUAUAGACGUACAUCUGACUGUCUAUAAACUGCAAUGCCUGGUAGAGAGAAAGCCCAGUGCUCAGGGUCGGAGCAACGAUGAGAAAUUAGACAGUCUUCGACGCCGGAACAACAAUGAGAAAGCCAGUCUUCAACGCCGGAACAACGAUGAGAAAGCCAGUCUUCAACGCCGGAACAACGAUGAGAAAGCCAGUCUUCAACGCCGGAACAACGAUGAGAAAGCCAGUCUUCAACGCCGGAACAACAAUGAGAAAGCCAGUCUUCAACGCCGGAACAACGAUGAGAAAGCCAGUCUUCGACGCCGGAACAACGAUGAGAAAGCCAGUCUUCGACGCCGGAACAACAAUGAGAAAGCCAGUCUUCGACGCCGGAGCAACAAUGAGAAAGCCAGUCUUCGACGCCGGAACAACAAUGAGAAAGCCAGUCUUCGACGCCGGAACAACAAUGAGAAAGCCAGUCUUCAACGCCGGAACAACGAUGAGAAAGCCAGUCUUCAACGCCGGAGCAACGAUGAGAAAGCCAGUCUUCGACGCCGACGCCGGAACAACAAUGAGAAAGCCAGUCUUCGACGCCGGAACAACAAUGAGAAAGCCAGUCUUCAACGCCGGAGCAACAAUGAGAAAGCCAGUCUUCGACGCCGGAGCAACAAUGAGAAAGCCAGUCUUCAACGCCGGAACAACGAUGAGAAAGCCAGUCUUCAACGCCGGAGCAACAAUGAGAAAGCCAGUCUUCAACGCCGGAACAACAAUGAGAAAGCCAGUCUUCAACGCCGGAACAACAAUGAGAAAGCCAGUCUUCGACGCCGGAGCAACAAUGAGAAAGCCAGUCUUCAACGCCGGAACAACGAUGAGAAAGCCAGUCUUCAACGCCGGAACAACAAUGAGAAAGCCAGUCUUCAACGCCGGAACAACAAUGAGAAAGCCAGUCUUCGACGCCGGAACAACGAUGAGAAAGCCAGUCUUCAACGCCGGAGCAACGAUGAGAAAAACACUAGGCUCAGCAAGACAGGCACAGGCAGGUUCCGAUAUAAAUUGUGA